ACCCGCGCGAUAUUUCAAUCUAUCAACUAUCGUACUUUCAAUGUAUCAAUCUUUCGUACAGUCGUGCGUCCCAGCGAUCCACGGUAUAUAAGGUGCCCUCGACGCUCCCCUUUGUCCAUCACCAUCCCCCGACUUCUCUGACGACGGCGACGACGGCGACGACAAACCCUUCCCCUCCAUGUCGUUCAUAUCUAUUCAGUCCUUCGCCGAACGAUACCCUGUUCUUGCUGCUGUUCUACCCUUGGAUACACUCAUUCUCUUUGUUCGACUCGUCGGCCAUCUCAGAGAGCGACUGUCUUGGAGCGUUUCUGCGUCGAAUUUAGGACCUCCAGCACUUCUCCCACCUGAUAUUCUACAAUUUCUUGCUCAUGCUCUUGAUACUCACCCCUCUGUAGUGCAAGAAUGCUGGGCAGCCCUUGCUGACCAAAUCUGGACAUCUAAGAGUCUUCAAAGGCAGGGCUGGGGCUCAAGUGACUUGGUGGAAAUUUUUCUCAAGUAUGGUGUAUCUUUGCAGAUUGGCUUCUGUGAUAUGUUCCCACCUCAGAAGACCUGUCUAGACUGCAAGAAUCAUGGGCUGUCACAGCUUAUAUGGACACAGGUUACUGUUUUCACAUCUCAAUGGGGUCCUAUUCCUUCAUGGUCUUUAUCUGCCAAUUGUCAAGGAUGUGGCACAAGAUACUAUCCAACAUACCAUGUACAGAACAGGUCCAUGCGUACCCACUAUCUGGGAAUGCCUCAUGCUGUCCAUGUGACUACCCACACAUACAUUGAGGUUUCAUUAUGUGAGCGCUUUAGAUCAUCCAUGGUCUGUGCUUGGGUCUCAGCUACCAAUAAUGCGCGGAUUUACAAUCAUGAACAUGGGGAUGUUUCAGCCCGAUUUCCCUAUGGGUGGCCUGCUAAUGGUGUCUUGACCUGUGCAAUGGUCUGGGAUGCCUUUUUUGUCCACUCCCUCCUUGCUGAGUACUCUGACGUGGAGAGACAGCUUGUUCUGGACAAUGAACAGCACCAGACCACACGACUUGGAGAUGCAAUUAGGGAUCGGAACCUAGCAAUGAUGGGUACAGGUCAAGAGGAAUGGGGACAUGCAUGUGAUCUAUGCUGCGUUGUUGAGCAGGAGGAUGGUAAUACCUGUCAGUACUACGAUUGCCAUCCUGUGACUUGUUCCGACCUCACCACAUGCUUGUCAGACUGCAUACGUGCUGCUGUCAUGGAUGGUGUCUCACUCGGCCGGCCAUGUUGCAGUGUCCACGACUGCAAAAAUCCGCUACCUUCGCAGCGUUCCCGAUUCUGUGAACCCCACAAAUUCAUGAACAGUAUCUGCUGUGUCGUUGAAUGCAAUGCUCCAACCGAGAAGGGGUUCCAGACUUGCAGCGAGCCAAGUCAUCGGGCACUGGAGCACGUCGGGACUGAACAUCGCUCCGCGAUGUUCCAAUUACGGAAACGACUCGAGCGGAGCGAGCGGGCACAUCUCGAAGAUUCCCUCGGACACGACCCACGACACGAGGAUGGUGAUGAAGUCUUGGAGGUCGACCGAGAUGGCGAGUGCGAGGGCAAAGAUGAAGCCGGUAAUUCAAAACCACGGGCACGAUUCGGCAGGCGGAGGACACACAAUGAGCAACUAUGUGUUGCGACCUGCGGUAUCAUCGUUGGCCGAGCGACCAUGUUUGGUUCCGAGGCACCAAAUGGGUGCCGGGUAUGUAGACAGGACAUGAACACGCUCGGUCAGAUCCUAUUGACACUUCGAUCUCUGCAGGAGUUCCUACGUCAGGUCUACCCUUCGAAGCAAUCUCUUCCUGAUUUCAUCUUCUUCGACAAUGCUUGCAAGCUUAAAAAGCACAUCGAUACCAUCGGCGAUCGCCACUUCGACAAUUGUGCCCUUCCCGUGGACGUCUUCCACAUGAACUCCAAUCACAAGGGUUCGGAUGCAUUCUGUGGCUUUUUCUGCAACCCUGCUCGCUUUCCCGAUCUCAUGUGUGAUGGCAAGUGGCGCUUCAAUUCGUCUGCUGCAGAGAUGACGAAUGCUUGGUUUGGUGGGUUUCAAGCAAUCGUGCGCGAGAUGCGAGAGGAUCGCUACGACUUCUUCCUAGACGAAAUGGUCAAACAGCGCAACCGGAUGGUCAUCACAGACUUGCAGGAACGAGGUGCCCGUCCAUACCAGAUUCCUCGAAAUGUACUACUAGACUAGGUGUUAUGACGGCAUGCGAGCUUCACAGUCGGUGCGAGUGUGAUACGCGCGACGACCUGGCCCGUCAGAGGGCCAAAUACAUCGCGUCUUGUACCUGUAGAUGCGCUCGUCAUGCGAGCACGCGAGCCGGUGACGGCCACGCGCUCUCAACCCAAGUGGAGGCUGCGAUGACGAGCCUCCGAGACGCUUAGGCAUUCUCGACGUUUGCUGUGGUAUGAGGCAUGCUGAUGACAGCCGCCUGCUGGAU